CUUACCACAUAUGUCGUUUGUCAACCGCCAUUAAACCAGAAAGGAAGACGAAAAAGACGAAGUUUGUAUUGAAACGUAAAGGCUUGGUGGUUUCCAACUUGUGUAGGCGAUCAUGGCGAAGGUUCCUGUGGGAAAAGUGCUGCUUCGCAAUGUCAUCAGACACACUGACGCCCACAACAAGAUACAGGAGGAGUCAGAGAUGUGGAAGCUGAGGGACAUGGAGCGGAAGACCUCGUCUCCUCGUGAAUCAAAGCACAGCUGGAGCACAAGAAGCAGCAUGCACUGUGACCGAUACCUGAAAGAGUCAGAAGGGUCCACGCGUGGCAGGCUUGGUGAAAGAGCAUGUCUUUCUGAGAGAGAUGAGCGAGAGGCUCGUUACUGGACACGAAAACUCUAUGAAUUUGAGGCCAACGAUCCAGACAGAUGGGGACAUAGUGGUUUUAAGGAGCUUUAUCCAGAGGAGUUUCAAUCCGACAGAGAGACAGAUGAUGCAAAACACAGAAGAAACGGCAAGGACAAAACGUCUACUGAGAAACAAAAGAAGACCAAGAAAUCCUCUAAGCGAAAGAAGAAAAAAAAGAAAACGAAGCAGAGGACUGAAGGGUCAGAGUCAGACAGCAGUGCCACAAAUGGUGCCAAAAGGAAGCGGAAAAGCGGUAAAAGCAAACACCGCAGGAAAAAGGCACACAAACACAAAGUGACGGAAGAGGACAGCAGCACAGACGACUGUGAGUCAGACAGAGGGCGAGAAAAGAUGCGGAGGAAAAGAUAUGGAACUGUAAUAGACACACAAACAGAGCCUGAAAGGAAAAAACGGAAGAACUGGAAAGCAGCGAAUGAAGAGAAAUCAGAGGAUAGCUCUGAGGACUGACGCACUCCAUCAUGAACCUCACUGUUCAGUCAUUCAGUUUGAAGAAUUUGAAUCGUUCACUCAUCGAUGUCAAAUACCUCCAUCAGCGCGCAGUCCGAUCUUCAUACCUCACCAACUGGACACUUGAUAGAUCUUUUUUGUAACUAUGUGAUGCAAAUGAUUUUAUAUUAUUUUUAACGAUUUAGACACGUGGUUGUAUAUGCUUUGUAGUUUUUUUGUAUAGAUUUUUGAUGAAACUAUUUUUUAAACCGAAACUCAGGUAUUUAACUCCCAAAUGGAAGAUAAUAGAAAUACCCAAGACCAUUUGGGCUUCAGAUGAA